AUGACCCAGAAGUGGUUUGAUGUAACAGAUAACUCCAAUAUUGGAAGAAAAGGGGUCCAUACUACGUUCUUGGACUUCAAAAAAGCAUUCGACCUUGUCGACCAUAGAAUUCUAUUAAUAAAAUUAGCGGAAAUGAAUGUAUCGAAGGCCUUCUGGUCAUGGGUGAAGUGUUUCCUUGCAGAGCGGACUCAACAUGUGAAUUUACAUGGUGUUAUAUCUUCAAGCGCCCCCUGUCCAGCUGCAGUCCCGCAAGGCUCCGUUAUUUCUCCAACACUGUUCAAUAUUCAUAUCAAUGAUUUGGAAAACACGUUAACAAACAACCUUACAAACACGCACAAGUAUGCAGACGACUGCACUCUUGAUGAGGUCGUUGCAAACGGAGCCCUUUCAAAUAUGCAGGAAUCGACUAAUCAAGUGAUGAAGUGGGCCAAUGAUAAUAAAAUGAUGGUGAACCCCAAAAAAACUAAGGACAUGUGGAUCAGUUUUUCCCAAUCCUCUUCUGAACCCCCACCUAUACAAACGGAUGGAAUUGAAAUAGAAAGAGUAAACUCCUUCAAACUUCUCGGUGUAUGGGUGCAAAAUGACUUAAAGUGGAAUACCCAUGUUUGUAAAAUAACAAAAAGAGCAAAUAAGCUAUUAUUCCUUCUCAGAGAGUGCAGGAAAUCCUUCCUACCACCCGAGAUUGGUUUAUUAACAUGUACGUCGAAGAUCCGGCCAAUACUUGAAUACGCCUCUCCAGUUUGGGGCGGAAUCCCUAAAUAUCUUGAAGCAGAAAUUGAACGUGUUCAACAAAGAAGCUUGAAAAAACCCAUGUAA